AUGGCGAGAAUGAUUUCUUCAGAGGGCCCAAUCAGUCUUUGGUUUGGAAUGAUGAGCAUUCACACAGUCACUCAAGAAGGAAGAGACAACUUGUGGGCAAAGACCAAAGCUGCUUUAAAAUACAUCUAUGACCAUCACCUGAAUGACGCAGACUGGUUUUUGAAAGCUGAUGAUGACACUUACACUGUAGUCGAAAAUCUUCGCUACUUCCUUCAUGAUAUCUCACCAACACAGCCGGUGUACUUUGGUCGCAAGUUUAAAGCGGUGGUGCCAACAGGAUACAUGAGCGGUGGUGCUGGGUAUGUGCUCAGCAAAGAGGCUGUUAAACGCUUGGUGAAGCAAGGAUUCGAAGAUAGUGGUAAGUGCAGAGGUGAUGGUGGUGGUGCUGAAGAUGUGGAGAUGGGAAAAUGUCUUCAUAAUGUUGGGGUGGAGGCAGGAGAUACAAGAGAUGAGCUUGGCAGGGAAAGGUUUCAUCCUUUUAUUCCGGAGCAUCACUUGAUACCAGACAUACUUCCUAAGGACAUGUGGUACUGGUCAUACAACUACUAUCCAGCAAAACAGGGGCAAGAAUGUUGCAGUGAUUACGCCAUAACAUUCCAUUAUGUUCCCCCAAAUAUGAUGUAUGUACUGGAGUAUCUUAUCUAUCACUUGAAGCCAUAUGGUAUCCAUACAUUUAUAACGCCGGAACAACAACAGAACAUACCAAGAGAAGCUCAACACAAGGCUGGGCAAAUUGGAGUGCUCAUAGUCUGGAACAUUCUCAAGAAAUCAAAGAACAGGAUGCAGUUGUAA